AUGCAAUUCACAAAGGCAGCACGCAGCACACAUUCAGAAUGGUUCGUGGUAAGAGGCUUCAUCAUGCCCAAGCCAAAGGAGGACUCGAAGUCUCGGGCCACGGUUGCCUGGGCGACCUCUGCUACCUCAGCUACCUCAGCUACCUCAGCUACCUCAGCUACCUCAGCUACCUCAGCUACCUCAGCUACCUCAGCUGCACGCAGCACUUACAUCCGCGAGGCUUUGGGCAACCCAAGUCUCAUUGGCAAGGUGCGAGACAUGAAAGAGCUCUACACCAAGCAAGUCCGCAGCGAAGCCAGAAAGUUGCGAAUCCCUUCUGCACCCACCGCAGCCGGAUCCUGCGAAAAGACUUUGAGGAUUCUCCAGUGGAAUCUGAAUUGCUUGUGCGGUAUCAAUGGAGAGACUCCACAACGUGCUUCAGACAUUGUCAAGCUGCUGGCUCCAUGCAAUGCAGAUGUCCUUGUGCUGCAGGAGAUGCCGCGGGGCCCAGCCCAAAGUUGGUGGUGGGAGCCCUGGCGCUCCACCUUCCCAGCUAAAGAAAUGCGAGCUUUGGAAACGUCUCUGCACGAACUCGGGUAUCAGACUCAGGUGAGAAGCAGCUGCUUCAGUUCUACAUUGCUGUGCACGAAGAUAAAGCCUGUGGCCGUGUCAGAGGUCAGCUUGGAUUCUGAGCACAGCUUCCGAAUGGCCGAGGACCGAUCCGCGCUGCUCGCUUCCUUCUGCCUCGAAGACUCCAAAGAGGUGAUCUCGAUUUGCGCCACCCACCUCCACCACCAGAACUUCACGGAGAGUGACGAUGGUGUGCGAAGAGCAGAGACUGAGCUUCUGCUGCGGCACUGCGCAGAACAUGCAGCAAAGACUCCCAGCCGCUGUGCGCUGAUUGUGGCUGACUUCAACCAGGCGCGGCCUGGGGACUACAGCGCCGCGGAGUGGUCCGUAAUUUCUGCGGGCCUAAAAUCCGUCGGAGAGCCAGAGGAUGACGGCGUAGCAAGACUCCUCACUUCACAAAACUGGGUCUGUACAUAUGAUGUUGCUUCGAGGCGGAACUGGAGUGGCACCGCGCCACCUUUUACUCACUGGACCGGCACGACCGUGGACUACGCAUACAUGUUGGCUCCGGAGACAGUGGAAGUGGGUACGUAUGUGUUGUACAGCGAUGUCUCUGACCAUUUGCCAAUACUGACGCAUCUACAACUUCACUGA